GGAGUCAGUUCGCGGGCAAGAACAACACCUUGCGCCUGUCGGCAGAGCCACCCGUGGUGGAGGAGGAAGUCUUCGUCAGGCCCAGGAAACCGACAGCACAGGAGUGGCCGCUGGCUGAUGAGCCGGACGUUCCGGAGGCAAAAGCUCACCUCUCAGACACUGACGACAGCGCAUCAGAGAGGGAUGGUGAGGACGAUAUGCCGCUGGACCCACCCCUGCCUCAGCAUCGUGAAAGGCGCGGCCCCCACGGGGAGGAGCGCCUGCUGUGUGGUCGCAAACGCUCUGACGUUCAGGAGCUUGACGCGAGGGGUACUAUGGCGAGCCUCGUCGACUCGAAGGCGGAGUUCGAGAGGAGGACGAAGGAACUCCUGGGGGACGCGUCCGUCCCCAAGAUGCAGAAGGAAAAUAUCGAGCGUUUCGCCACGUUGGCGUACGCGGUGGCGGACCAGCCGAACCACAUAGACGAGAAGAAGCUGGACGCCCUGGCGCGCGCCUGCGACCCUGAAGGGUCCUCGGUCAAGCCAUUGCCCGCGCACGAGCGUGAACACCGCAGGACACAGCAAGUGCAGCGUCUGCGCGGAGUGCUCAUGGAAGGCGAGCUCGAGCCAGGAAACAGCCUGGUCGACAAAGCAGCAGCCAUGCUGCAAGACGGCGUCGUACGAUACAUUCCGCCGUCCGCCUGCGUCAGCCGCGACUCCGAGGUGGCCUCCGUGAGGAAGGAUAAAGAUUUUCUCUCCAUGGAGAACGGAGAGAUAACGCUCAAGAAGAAGGAGUCGUACUUCAACACGGACCUUAGCUCCGAGUAUAAGCUUCAGCAGGCUUUUACCAGAAGGGGAAUUGCCUUGGACCGGGUGGGCAUUCUCAAGUUCGAGGUUCACGAGCGUCUUGUGAGGAACCUGUUCUUUUUGGCCAGCAGGCCGGCCCCGCCUGGAUAUGAUAAGCCCGGCGUAGGGGCAAUGAUUAAGGCCGAUAAAGAGUUUUGGACGCUCGUAGCGCGAGAAUGCCGAGACGGCUGCAAGCCAACCGCAGCCGGAACAUGCCCUCUGGAUUCUCUCGUAGAGAAGCAUCAAAACGACAGCGUCGUGGCCUUCUGCCUUUUCUCCUUGCCGUCUCGGGGACGUGAAUGGACGCCCGGAAAGGGCAGAGGUGGGGAGCGCAGUAGGACCCCAUACAAAGGUAGAGGGAACAAAGGGAAAGGAAGUAAAGGAAAGCCAGGAAAAGGUAAGAAGGGCCAAGGCAGCCGAAACCAGUCCUCGUGGGGCACAGGCAAGCGGCCGUCUAUGCCGAAAGAGCUGCGCCAUCUGCCCUCCCAGGACGACAAGGGCAGACGUUACUGCUACGGAUGGAACCUGAUGGAACCUGGAGGAGGGCUGCGACUUGGCCACUUCCGGUACGCCGCUGGAGUGCGAACGCG